CGCGGCGGGCGCGGGAGCCAGGCCACCGGCGGAGGUCCCGGCGGCGGUAGAACCGUUGCCAGAUGCCUGGACACUGCUGGCCCUGUCGCUGUGUUUCAGGUGGAGUGCUGUGACUGGGAAGAAAGAUGUGGAAGGCCUCUGCAGGCCACACCGUGGCCCUCACACAGGACGCCGGAGCAGCCGACGACUGGGAGACCGACCCUGACUUUGUGAAUGACGUCAGUGAGAAGGAGCAGCGAUGGGGUGCCAAGACUGUGCAGGGCUCGGGACACCAGGAGCACAUCAACAUUCACAAGCUGAGAGAGAACGUCUUCCAGGAGCACCAGACCCUGAAGGAGAAGGAGCUGGAAACUGGGCCCAAAGCCUCCCACGGCUACGGGGGGAAGUUCGGUGUGGAGCAGGACAGGAUGGACAAAUCGGCCGUCGGCCACGAGUACCAGUCGAAACUCUCCAAGCACUGUUCCCAAGUGGACUCGGUUCGAGGCUUCGGGGGCAAGUUUGGUGUCCAGGUGGACAGAGUGGACCAGUCUGCUGUGGGCUUUGAGUACCAGGGCAAGACGGAGAAGCACGCCUCCCAGAAAGACUACUCGAGCGGCUUUGGCGGCAAGUACGGCGUGCAGGCUGACCGUGUGGACAAGAGUGCCGUGGGCUUCGACUACCAGGGCAAGACGGAGAAGCACGAGUCCCAGAAAGAUUACUCCAAGGGCUUUGGUGGCAAAUACGGAAUCGACAAGGACAAAGUGGACAAGAGUGCGGUGGGCUUCGAGUACCAAGGCAAGACGGAGAAGCAUGAGUCCCAGAAAGACUAUGCGAAAGGGUUUGGAGGAAAAUUUGGUGUGCAGACAGACAGACAAGACAAGUGUGCCCUUGGCUGGGAUCAUCAGGAGAAACUGCAGCUGCAUGAGUCCCAAAAAGACUACUCCAGAGGAUUCGGCGGCAAGUACGGGGUGCAGAAGGACCGCAUGGACAAGAACGCCUCCACCUUUGAAGAUGUGGCGCAGGUGUCCCCUGCCUACCAGAAGACUGUGCCUGUCGAAGCCGCGACCAGCAGAACCAGCAACAUCAGAGCCAACUUCGAAAACCUGGCCAAGGAGAGAGAGCUGGAGGACAGGCGGAAGGCGGACGCCGAGCGAGCCCAGCGGGUGGCCAGGGAGAGGCAGGAGCAGGAGGAGGCCAGGAGGACACUGGAGGAGCAAGCCAGAGCGCAGAAGCAGACGCCCCCCGCGUCUCCCGCUCCGCAGCCGGCCGAGGAGAGACCGCCCUCCAGCCCUGUGUACGAGGACGCGGUCUCCUUGAAGGCAGAGCCUGGCCACAGAAGCCCCGUGGGCGAGAGCAGCCCUGAGGCUGUGUACAGCACAGAAGCUGCAGACUACCAGGAUGUCGGCGGCCAGCAGGGCCUGGCCUACACGCCGGAGGCCACCUAUGAAACCACAGAGGCCCCCAGCCACUACCAAGCAGAAGACGGCACCUACGCCGAGUACGAGAACGACCUGGGCCUCACGGCCACUGCCCUCUACGACUACCAGGCUGCUGGCGAUGACGAGAUCUCCUUCGACCCCGACGACAUCAUCACCAACAUCGAGAUGAUCGACGACGGCUGGUGGCGUGGGGUGUGCAAGGGCAGGUACGGGCUCUUCCCUGCCAACUACGUGGAACUGCGGCCCUAGGCACCCUGCGACGCUGGCUGGCACCAGGCCCACACUACAAGUCUGCCUUCUCGGGGUUUGGGUUUGGGGUUUGUAUCUUGGUUUCUUUUGUUUUUUUCUCGAGGGUGGGGCGGGGUAUACACAUUACGUUUAUAUUUAAUACUUUGGCUGAUGCUUUUGGAAAUGUUUAUGCCACAAAUUUGCUAAUAUAUUGUAAUCAUGUUGCUUAGGAGGAGGCGGGGCGCGUGUCCUCGCCUGUCGAAGGUCUUUGUGCCGAGUCAGCUGUCACGUGCAGCGACCUUGGCCUGUGGUCCUCGGGGCUCAGUAGGCAUGUGCCACCGAGACAGGCAGGAGCCUCUGGCCCUGUGUGGCUGCCCUGGUGGAGCAGGAGCAGGAGGGAAGGGCUGCCGUGCCGUGGAGGCACACGGGAGCACGGGCUCCCACCGGGUCCCUGCUGCGCUGCCCGACAGCAGAGACCCAGCCUUCUCCUGAGCCACCCCUGGUCUUGUCCUUGCCUGUGUACUCCCUGGCACCCCAGUCCCCUGGAGGACUGUGGUGCCUCGCCUCCUGCCCCACGUGGCGUGUCCUUUGCCGCUCUCCUGAGAAGGGGCCACCAUGAGCCCCAGGGGCAGUGCUGGGCUCAGCCUCAGCUGCUACCAGAUUGCCUCGCAGCCCUGGGCCCGGGCCUGACCUCGGCCUCUGGCCGGGUGGCCGCGGGAGGCCAGGCCAGGACAGAGCGAGCUGUCAUUAGGGAGCUGUGCUGCUCCUGCCAGAAGGCCACGUUCAGCUCCCGCAGAGCCCGACUGGCUGACCCGGUCAGAGCAUGACUGCGGAGGAGCUGCGUUCCCGCCCUGGUACCCGGGCAGCUGUCCUUGGAGCUGCCACCCAGCCUGCCCCAUGUUCAUGUGCAGGGCAGCAGGGGGUGGGGCCAGCCUGGUGGGGCCACAGUCCAGCGGAUGGACGGCAGGAGCGUCUGGGCUCCAGGGCGCAUCCCGGCCAGGGCGCUGCUCCCAAGGCGUCUGCUUUCCCACGCAGACCGGGUUUUGUAUGCGACUCGUUGUCAGUAUCUGAACCCUGUAGCACCCUCGUAGGUUUGGCUUUUUUAAAUCAAAUAUUCAGAAUAAACUUCUUUCUGACCCA